AUGGCGGAUGCGAAUUAUUUUACUUGUACGCUUGGCGAAGCUGCGAGAUUGAAGCGAAAGGACGACAAGGCCAAAACAUGGACUACAGUGGUGGAGUUGAUAGAUGACCAGGCUGAAAGAAUUCCUGAUGCACCGGCUUUGGGUUUCGCGACAUUUACACAUUUGAAGUCUACUCAAGUAUUCCGCCAUCUCCUCACAUUUCGACACCUCUCAGACACAUCAAAGCAUGCCGCCCAGAUACUUUCAACUCGUUUGCCCAAGGAACCCAAGUCUUUAAAAAUUGGUCUUCUAUCGUCUAGUAGCACCGAGUUUGUGUUGACGUGGCUUGGUUUGAUGCGCCUGGGUUAUACUGUUUUGCUUCUUGCGCCUCAGUUGGCACCACCAGCGGUUCAGCACCUUUGCGAGACUCUUGACAUAAGAAAUGUCUUUGUUGACGACAUUUACGAGUACAGAGCACGCGGACUCUCAAACGACAUCGAGAUCAUCAGGAUACCUUCCUAUAAAGAUGAUUCCCCAGCAGAUGACAGCCUGGAACAGACCCCCGGUGUUUCCGAAACAGCCUAUAUAUGCCACACGUCGGGGACCUCCUCGGGACUACCCAAGCCAAUCCCUCAAACGCAGUUCGGGGUGAUGGGAGCUCUGUACAACUUUCCCGGGAAGAACAAACCCGCAACGUUUUCCACGACUCCCCUCUAUCACGGAGGAUUUCCAGAUUGUCUCCGAGCCUGGACAAGCGGCGCUUCAAUAUGGUUCUUCCCCGAAGGGCUGGCCCCCAUCACAGGCGCCAACAUCACCCGAGCUAUCGAGUUUGCACGUGCGCACAGCCCGAUCCCCGUCAAGUACUUCUCAUCCGUUCCCUAUGUGCUUCAGAUGCUGUCUGAAGAGUAUGGCGGCAUCGAAGUCCUUCAGACAAUGGACCUCGUUGGUGUUGGCGGCGCUGCUCUACCACCAGCCAUAGGCGAUAGGCUCGUGGACGAAAGCGUGAACCUUCUCUCGCGGAUGGGAAGCGCGGAAUGCGGAUUUCUAAUGUCUUCGCAUAGAGACUACGCCAAUGACAAAGACUGGCAAUUCCUCCGGGCCAUUGAUGAUACAAAGCUUAUCGAAUUCGAACCCCGAGAGAAUGGGCUCUCUGAACUUGUUGUAAAGCCUGGUUGGCCUUUCUUGAUCAAGACGAAUCGCGAAGAUGGAUCAUACGCAACUGCUGAUUUGUUUGAACCGCAUCAAUCAAUCUCGAACGCAUGGCGGUAUCACAGUAGAGCUGAUGCACAGAUCACUCUUGCGAACGGAAAGAAGUUUGACCCUUCACCCAUCGAGGGGAGCAUACUUGCUUCUACCAAAGUACUGCAGGAUGUUCUCAUCUUUGGCAGUGGAAGAGACUACGCUGGGGCACUAUUGUUCCCUUCUUCGAGCGACAUCAGUGCAGAUGAAGUGAUCGGUUCAGUUUGGCCACAUGUCGAUAAGUUGAACGCUGACAGUCAAACCCAUACCCGAAUCAACAAGACGAUGCUGGUAGUUGUCCCUGUCAAAGAGGGUCAGAAGCCGCUGGAGAAGAGCAGUAAAGGUACUAUUCUGCGUCGACAAGCUGAAGAGAAGUACUCGGAUGAGAUCGAAGGGGCUUACAGCAACACCUCGUCCUCGGGGAAGAUUCCUCAAGAGGGGCUUCAAAAGGCGGUUCAAGACUGCUUCGAGAAAGUCCUCAGCCGGCAGGUUGAACCAGAUCAAGACUUGUAUCGUCAGGGCGUGGACUCCAUCUCCUGCAUACAAAUCCGAAAGAUGCUCGAACAGACCUGUCUAUCUGAGGAUGGCCGACUUCCUCUGAACGUCAUCUACGAUCAAGGCACCAUCAACUCACUAGUGGAGUAUUUGGAACGCGCGAAUUCUGGUGACAGCGAGCUGAGCGCCGACCCCGAUGAAUCAGAACUCAACCUCAUGCACGCUCUAGUUGAGAAGUACAGCGACUUUGAUCUAGCCUCGCAUGAUGUUAGCAGUAAGUUUGGGUCAGCUUCUUCAAAUAGUGGUGUCAAGUCUCAAGCACAGCAAAAUCGAGCGGCCUUGGAUGAAAGAAAACAGCUGGCCCAGAUGGCUAUGAAGAUCGUUCAAGACCCCAAUGAUCGCCCCACGCGCGUGGUACUCACCGGCGCGACUGGGUUCCUCGGGGCACAUAUCCUUCACUUUCUCCAGGAGGACCCAAAGAUUGAUAGGAUCUACUGCUUGCUUCGAGCUGACGGUCCAUUCGCGGCCCAGAAACGAGUCUCUGAAGCCCUCUUUCAACGAUUUCUGCCACCUCUAGAACCACGCCAGAAUAAAGUCGUCUGUCUUCCGUGCGAUUUGACUGAAAGAGAUCUUGGACUCUCCGAAGACCAGCUUCGAGAGAUCUCGACAAGUGCUACAAAGAUCAUUCACUCAGCUUGGGCGGUCAACUUCAGUCUUCGACUCAACUCGUUCGAGGAUCAGUUAUCGAGUACAAGGAAUUUGAUCAACAUCGCUGUAGAGGCUGAUGCGCAGUUCAUUUUUGUCAGCUCCAUUGCUGCAGUGAGUGACUCUACUGCUCGACCGAUUCCUGAAAAGCUUUCUCAUGAUACUAAAGAGGCUUCACCGCUGGGCUACUCGCGCUCCAAGUGGGUAGCCGAACGGAUUUGUGAUGCGGCGAACAAGGAACAUGACUCUCCUUUGGCCUCGAUCAUUCGGGUAGGCCAGCUUUGCAGCAACGAAGCUGGAAUCUGGAAUACCACUGAGGCAUAUCCGUUAUUGCUCUCAACAUCCAAGAUCACAGGAUGUCUGCCUGAUCUUCCGAAAGAAGUGCUCAAUUGGCUCCCAGCCGAGCAGGCUGCCCAGGCUGUCAUCGAGAUUGCAUUCGCGAACUCCAAAGGUUCGAAAACACCUGUUUACCAUGUCUUGAAUCCACAUACAACACCAACAUGGAAAGUCAUGCUGGACUUGUUGGCUGCCAGUAACGAGGGCCCCGAGUUUGAGAUCGUCUCAUCAUCGGAGUGGCUUGAGCGCUUAGAGAAGGCGUUGAGUGACGACAGUGCCAAUCAUCCGUCACAGGCUCUUCUGGGUCUCUGGAAGCGGUCAUAUGCCAAGGAUAAGAACAAUGACAGUGCAAGGGAGGAUCAGGAGGGCUCUUUAUUUGAUGUUGCUCAGACACAGAAGGUCUCUGCUUCAAUAAGGGACCUCAGGCCACUGACUCGCGAGCGACUGAUCAAGACUUGGAAGUGGGUGAACGAGAAUAUUAAAGCCUAA